CAAAAAGCUCGACUUGCUUCCUCACUGUCAGUUCUGGACGGCGAUAGGAUAUUUAGCCAGGAUCUGCCAAUAAACUAUGAUUUAUGUUGACUGCAGAUACUAUCCGGCUAUAGCUUAAAGGCUGCAUCUACUUGGCCGCUCUGUUUUGCCUUUUUACUAACUGGCAAUUUAGGCCUUUCAAAGGCACAAACUGGCUGACUUGCAAACAGCGAAUCCUCCCGGGUAAUAUGGCCGUACUACCCUACCAAAGGGAAUGUCUGGAAACUUACCAACCGUGAAGAUAAAGCUCUUCCUGUCAUUUCUGCUGUCUCAGCUGUAUUGACAACCCCCAUUGCGCGAGCGUUGCUGCCAUCUCAACAUGGGCAUCUUCUUCACUAAUAACUUCGUGUGAUAUGUUGUUUUGGGGCAGCUCCCGGCAACUGCCGGAUUAGGACUAGCGCGCCUUUUGUCCCUCAGCGCUAUUUCUGCCUUUUUCUUAAGCGAUCACAAAAGUUCGCUGCUGGGCUCUUGUGGUCUCCAUCAUCCAUCAACAACCAACGCGAAUUUUGCCACGCCGUUUCUCCAUCCCUUGGUCCACACUCACCCGCAACGGAUUCUGCACAUCGCCCGACGCGACAUACCUGUUCUUGCGACUCGAUACCUGUUUAUUGUUCGAUAUGCCUGGUGGUAAAGGAAAGUCUAUUGGAGGCAAGGGCGCUCCAAAGGAUGCUGCGGGGAAAACCCAGAAAUCUCACAGCGCAAAGGCUGGAUUACAUUUCCCUUGCGGUCGUGUCAAGCGUUUUCUAAAGAAUACCACGCAAAAUAAGAUGCGCGUUGGUGCUAAAGCCGCCGUUUACGUCACCGCUGUUCUCGAAUAUCUUAUUGCUGAAGUUCUCGAACUUGCGGGUAACGCCGCCAAAGAUCUAAAAGUCAAGCGUAUCACACCCCGCCAUCUUCAACUUGCGAUCCGUGGCGAUGAAGAGUUAGACACCCUUAUCCGCGCGACAAUCGCGUUCGGCGGCGUUUUGCCUCGUAUCAACCGAGCGCUGCUCCUCAAGGUGGAACAGAAGAAGAAGAGCAAGGGUGGCGAUUAAAAAAAGCCUAAAAAAUUUUCAAAAAAAUUGAAGCGAAAUCGAACAAGUUCUCACCACUCUUUCUUUAUAUGGACAUGUUUUGAACCGACAAAUAAGGCGUGCCAUUCGAAAUUGAUCGCGUUUCUCCCCCCCAUUAUCCUUUGCUGCGACUUGUCUUCUAUGAUCUAUCCGGUUUUCCUUUUUUUUCCCCCAGGACCUUAGCUCGCGGAUUGCAUCGUGUGCGCGCCGGGUUUGAGUGGAGUGGUUGGUAUUCGGAAAGGACGGCGCAUACACCACCUUAGCUUCGCCUUACGGACAUAUGCUUAGGUGUUCACGAUACGAUUGGAAAUCUAUUUGUUCUUCCCUUCCUCUCCGCUCUAAUCCGGCAAUGUGACGAGGAUGUAGCUCCAGUGCCUUCGCGUGUUGGGUAACCGGGUCCAGAUUUCCUCUUUCUCCUUUUUCUUUUCCAAUCCUAUUGAUUAUUUCCCCUGGAUGUCCUUUUUCUCUUUUUCUUCUUUUUUUUUUUUUUUCUAGGGCGCUAUAAUGGGAAAGGUGGCUGGGUCGGCCGGAUGAAAAAUCGUGCAGGGUAUGGUAUGGGACUAAAGGAAAACAAAAACAUCCCGCCUCGCCCUCGAUUUGCUUGUCUUUUUCUUAUAUUAUCUGCUUAAUCCCCCUUCAUUAUCUCCUUUAUGCUGAACUGGUCCAUGUUUUCUAUUCUGUGGCUUUCGCGUUUCUACUUCCUGUUUUGUUUCCAAGGUUUUCUGUUACAUUGCCGCCGCCACUUGCUGUAUAACUAUAGGUAGCUCUUAGGUGCAAUCUUUUUCCUCAACGAGUCAGGGAAACUGUGCUUUUAUUCCAAGUGACCUUGGUGUAUUCAAUGGGUUGGAUUUCUCCAUGUAAUGUACAGAGUAGAUGCAACUCCACGUUCGCUCUUUCGUGCACAUAUUGUGGGAUGAGACAUGUCCCGUAGAAUAUCUUUCCUUCCAAACCCUUCUUCCAAGUUUCCUUUUCUUAUCUGCGCAUCACUCAUCAACUAUUACUAUGAGACCAUCUCUUAGUUUUUAGUUGAUCAGUGUGUCAUGUCAUUCUCG